GCGUGGCCGCCACUCCUCCCGGCAUGCCCUGAGCGACCCGGAAGUGGCCGUGAGGUGCCGUAGCCCGAGCGCCGCGAGUCUCGCCCCGUUCCCGUUCUCUGGUUCCCGCUCCCCGGUUCCCGCUCCCUUUCCAGGCUUCCUGUCGGUUCCUGGGCUUGUUCCCGGUCCCCCUCCCGCCAUGGCCACGGCGCGGGCACCGGCGGCGCGCGGCGGGGCCCGGCCCCCCGAGCCCCCCAAGGCCAAGCCUGCAGAGGAGGCCGAGGCUCCCCCGGCCAAGCGGGCGCCCAUCUUCUACGGGAGCCUGGAGGAGAAGGAGCGGGAGCGCCUGGCCAAGGGCGAGGCUGGGCUGCUGGGCAAGGAGGGCAUGAAGGCUGCCCUGGAGGCUGGCAACAUCAACAUCAGCAGUGGGGAGGUGUUUGACCUCGAGGACCACAUGAGCGAGCGGCAGGCCGAGGUGCUGGCGGAGUUCGAGCGCCGCAAGCGCGCGCGGCAGAUCAACGUGUCCACGGACGACUCCGAGGUCAAGGCCUGCCUGAGGGCCCUGGGCGAGCCCAUCACGCUCUUCGGAGAGGGCCCCGCGGAGCGCAGGGAGAGGUUAAGGAACAUCCUCUCUGUGGUUGGCACAGACGCGUUAAAAAAGACCAGGAAAGAUGAUGACAGGUCCAAAAAGUCCAAAGAAGAGUAUCAGCAAACCUGGUACCACGAGGGCCCACGCAGUCUGAAAACAGCCAGGCUGUGGCUGGCCAACUACUCACUCCCCAGGGCAGCGAAGCGGCUGGAGGAGGCCCGGCUGCUCAAGGAGAUUCCCGAGGCCACCAGGACGUCCCAGAGGCAGGAGCUGCACAAAUCCCUGCGGUCCUUGAAUAACUUCUGCAGUCAGAUUGGGGAUGAUCGCCCACUGUCCUACUGCCACUUCAGCCCCAACUCCAAACUGCUGGCCACGGCCUGCUGGAGUGGGCUGUGCAAGCUCUGGUCUGUGCCUGACUGCAACCUGGUUCACACCCUACGAGGACACAGCACCAACGUGGGGGCAAUCGUGUUCCACCCCAAGGCCACCGUGUCCCUGGACAAGAAGGACGUGAGCCUGGCCUCGUGUGCAGCUGAUGGUUCUGUCAAACUCUGGAACCUGGAAAGCGAUGAGCCGGUGGCAGACAUCGAGGGACACAGCAUGAGAGUGGCCCGCGUGAUGUGGCACCCCUCAGGGAGGUUCCUGGGCACCACCUGCUACGAUCACUCGUGGCGCCUGUGGGACCUGGAGGCGCAGGAGGAGAUCCUGCACCAGGAGGGGCACAGCAAGGGCGUCUACGACAUCGCCUUCCACACCGACGGCUCCCUCGCCGGCACCGGAGGCCUGGAUGCCUUUGGCCGGGUGUGGGACCUGCGCACAGGCCGCUGUAUCAUGUUCCUGGAAGGGCACCUGAAGGAGAUCUACGGGAUCAACUUUUCCCCAAACGGGUACCACGUGGCCACGGGCAGCGGGGACAACACCUGCAAGGUGUGGGACCUGCGGCAGAGGAAGUGCAUCUACACCAUCCCUGCCCACCAGAACCUGGUCACCGGCGUCAGGUUUGAACCCAACCACGGGAAUUUCCUGCUCACGGGCGCCUACGACAACACGGCCAAGAUCUGGACCCACCCUGGCUGGUCCCCGCUGAAGACCCUGGCGGGGCACGAGGGGAAGGUGAUGGGCCUGGACAUCUCCCUGGAUGGGCAGCUCAUUGCCACCUGCUCCUAUGACAGAACCUUCAAGCUCUGGACAGCCGAGUAGCUCAGAGGGGCCGGUUAUGGACUGGGACGGGGACAUUAAUGACUUUUGGUUGCUUUUUUAUAUUAAAGAAAAAAACAGGAAUCCAGUGUGUUAACAGCAGCUGCAAUCGUGGCUGCUCUGGAGUUUGGGUGUGUUUGAAGCACCACUGUUGGCCCAGGCGUGGCUGGUGUCAAGUCUUGUGUUUUCCCACAUUUUGGACUGUUUUUAUACUGCAGGUACCACUGCUGUAAUUUUGGUCAAUGUACUUCUACUCUCCCUUCCAAGUUCAGCUCCCAGGUGUCCUCCAAACAUUUGCAGUAACCAUAGAGCAUCUCAGGUUUGGUGUGUGGUUCAGAUUCUGUUACUGCCCUUCUCACCUUCCUUUUUGGUACGUGUGUGAGAGAGCUCAGAGGGAGAGGCACGUGGUGCCCUCUUUCCCCUGCCUCCACACAGGUGUCUCUGGAUGGAGAUCUGCAUCCCCCUGGAUUCACUUACAGUAGAUGCCCAAGGCCAGGAAAUCUCUUUUUUCCAGGUACCACCUUGUCUCUUACUCCAUGAGUUGUCUCAUGGACUGGGUGUUGCAAAUCCAUUUCAGCAUCUCAUGUUUAGGGUUUGCUGUGUGAGGUCACUCAGUGUAGGAUUGUCUUGUUCUGCCCUGCACUGGGGAGAGCUUUUGUACUUGUUUGUUGUUUAAAUUGAGAUUUUGCAAAUAAUGUGUCCUGGAAGAUCUAAACAGGUUUUGAAUAUGUAUCCUGGGCUCUGUGUCUCAAGGAAUGGAGAAAUUACAGGAAUUUCACAAUGCA